AUGUCUAUCGAAGUUUACCAUCUUGGACUUUCUCAAUCUGAGAGAAUCGUGUGGCUUUUGGAGGAACUCCAAGUACCAUACGAUUUGCACGUCUUCCAGAGAGAUCCCAUCACAGGACUCGCGCCCAAGGAAAUCAAGGAGAUCAACCCUGCCGGAACCGCACCGUAUUUCCGCGACAGCACUGUUUCACCGCCAAUUGAGCUCGGAGAAUCAGGCGCAACCGUAGAGUACAUUCUCAACGUCCACGGCAGCAAGGCUGGCUCCGGAGCCCCGAGACUCCUUCGUACCCCCGAUGACGCCGAUUACGCCGCCUACCUCGAGUGGUUCCACUUCGCAAACGGCACUCUUCAACCCACUCUCGGUCGCGCUAUGACCCUGUUGUUCGCCGGCGCUUCGCAAAGUGACUUUGGCAAGCGGAUGGAAGAAAAGUCCCACCAGGCCCUCAAGCUAAUCGACAACCGCUUGGCCAACAACAAGUGGCUUGCGGGUGAGAACCUGAGCGCUGCGGAUAUCAUGACGGUCUUCACCUUGACCACCAUGCGCGGUUUCUAUCCUCUCCUGGACUUGUCAGAGCACAAGAACAUUCUGCGGUAUUUGAAGGAUGUUGCCGAGCGCCCCGCGUAUCGCAAGGCGCUGGAGAAGGGCGACAAGGGCAUGGAGCCUAUGAACGGGCCCAAGGUCAAGGCCUUCAAGCAAUUCAAAGGAUUCGGUGCCAUAUACGAGUCCUUGGGAUACUAG